CACGCCCACUCGGUGUCCACCGGCACGGUGGCGGAUAUUCCCGUUUGUCUUUAUCGAUGCCAACGCUCGCCUCUCAGCGGGCAUGCACUCCUCUGUCGGCCCGUUCAACAGUGAGGAGAUUAAUGAGAACGCUCUCUACUUUGUUGCCCUCUUGCGGCACUUGCAGAUGGCAGCGUACAACACGUUCUUUGACGCAGGCCCCACUUGGUGCUCUGCCCAUAGCCUCUGGCACCGCAUUGACUACGUGUGCGGGCCGGAGCGGCAUCUGCCUCAGGUUCCCCGCGCGUGGUGCCCGGCGGACUUGGACCUCUCGCUCACAAUGCAGCGGGAUCAUCUGGCGGUCUUGGCGGACGUCUUACUGGUCCCGCCUCCCGGCACUCGGCCGCGACAGGCAUCCGCGGCGGUGAUUGCGAAGCAUAACCUUGCGUCCCCGGCUCGCGUCCAGCACUUCCAGGAGCUCCUCCGCGACUUCCACUUCGUCGGCGGCUCCGUGGACCAGCAGCGCGCCAAGUUCGUCGAGUACGUUCGUCGGUCGGCGCUGGAGUCUUUCGGCACUCGGCGCGACACGCCGCGGCAGCCGUGGAUCACUGAGGCCACCUGGUCCUUCCUUCGACAUGUCACGCCGAUGCGUCGGAGGGCAUUUGAUGCCGCUGCACAGCGUUCCGUUGCCUAUCACCGCGUCCUGUUUGCUGCUUGGGCCGCUGCGACGCCUCGUCCCUACGUGCCCAAUGCGCCGCUACCAGCACUCGGGUGGGGCGCAGCUGCUCGCGUCGACGGUCUUCGCGCUGUAUGGCGUCAGCACUGUUGCCAUGCUGCGUUGCUCUGGCGGUUGCUGCACUUUAUCUCGCGCUCGACGAAGUUGCUCGUCUCCGCCGACCGCCUCACGUUCCUGCACAGUCGUGCUCAAGACGCGGCCGAUGCGGCCAUGCGCGGCGACUCCAAGUCGUCCUACGGUAUCGUGCGCUCGCUCUCUGGCCGGAACGUCGGUAAACAGCUUACGCACAUCCGCAAAGCUGAUGGCGAGCUCACCCGGACGGACGAGGAGCGCGACAAGGCAUGGCUCGCGCACUUCGCGCGCGUCUUCGACGCCACCGCCGUCUCCUUCGACGCCUUGGAGAGGCUACCGCUUGCUCCGCCGCUCUCCAUGACUGUCGCGUUCGACGAGCGGGACGUCUUCCAGGCCCUUGGCCGGCUCCGCCGCGACCGCGGCAUGGGGCGCGACCUUCUCCCUGCCGAGGUCCUGCAGGCGGGCGGUGCAAUCCUGGCUGCAAAGCUUUACCCGCUGUACCGUCGCGUAGCCGAUGAGGAGCGGUGGCCCGUGCAGUGGGCUGGAGGUCGCCUCGCUGAAGUCUUCAAGAACAAAGGUGCUCGUGACGAUCCUGAUGAGUACCGAGGCGUUGUGCUCGAGGACCACCUUGCGAAGGGCAUGAAGGAGGUCUUGGCGCCCCAUGUUUUCGAUGCCUACAACAAGGGCAUCCCGGACAGCCAGCAUGGUGCUGUCGGCGGACGCGGCACCGACAUGGCCGCUUUCCUGCUGCAGUGCUUCGUCCCGUACUGCGACGUCCGUGGCCUCUCCUACUUCGUGCUUUUCGUCGACCUGGUCAAGGCUUUCGACAAGAUUCUCCGCGAAAUCACCUUCUGCAUCCCUCCGCACGAGCCCGACCCCUACGCCUACCUGCGUGCCCGUGGCCUUACGCACAAGCAGGCGCUAUGGGUUGCGCAGUGGGUUGGCCGGCACCACUCCCAGUUUCUGGCCUGGGGAAUGUGCCCGAAAGUUGUCCGGUUGCUAUGCAACCUCCACGUGAUCUCAUGGGUCACCUUCGGAUCGUGUGACACGGCGCUCUCGGUUCUCAAGGGCGGCCGGCAGGGCUGCAAGUACGGCGCGGCUGUCUUCAACAGCACCUUCGCCUUGGCCAUGCAGCUCAUCAUCGAGGAGCUCAGCGACCUCGGCCUCACGGUCAAGCUCUGGCAGGGCCCGCCGACCUUCUGGGACGCCGCCUCGCCUGCCGAUGCCUCCGGAGCCAUGGACGUCGAUUCCGUAGAUGAUGCAUUCGUGGAUGACGAGGCCUUCUUCGCCUGCGCGUCGUCCCCGGCCCGCCUCGACGCCGCCAUCGACAAGAUGCUGGAGGUCAUUUCAUCGGUGUAUUCUUUGCUCGCCUUGGAAAUGAGCUUCAAGCCAAGGAAGACGGAGGCCUCCCUCAAGUACCGAGGCACUGGGUGCACCGCGGCACGCCAGGCACGCCGUACUGGUGCCAACGGCGAGCUUCUCCUUCCGAUCCCUGGCUCGCUGCCGCACGUGGCCGUCAGGGUUGUUCACCACUACAAGCAUUUGGGUAACGUGGUAUCGGAUGCCGGCAACUUGGUGCUCGAUGCCAAGCACAAGAAGGCGGGCGCCAUGCAGGCCUACGCCCCUCUGAGCAUGAAGAUUUUCAGAUCCCCGGCGGUACCCAUACCUUUAAGGCUGUCGUUCAUGGCCUCGCUCAUCCUCUCUCGGCUUCUCUACGCAGGCCACAUCUUCGUGCCCACCGUACGAUGCGUCUGAGAGCUCACGAAUGUGUAUAUGAGGGUCCUCCGGCGCAUCUUCGACGCUCCGAGGUUCGGCCCGGCCGAGACGGACAAGGAGGUACGGCUCCGCACCAAGAUGCCGAGCAUUGAUUGUCUUCUAUGCCGGGCCCGCCUCAAGUUCCUUGGCCGGCUGGUCCGCCGGCAGCCGCCGCACGUCAUCGCGUUCCUCUCGACCCGUUGGCAAGACCGUCCGUUACCGUGGGUGGCACUGCUCCGGUCGGAUCUGCAGCGGCUCCGUGAUACGGUUGCCUUCUGCGCUGACAUGCCUGAGCCGAGUGAUGCUUUACCAUGGUGUCGGCUCAUCGUCGAGUCCCCUGGGAAAUGGGCGUCUGCUAUCGCUAGCGUGCAUUUUUCCGAUUCUAUUGCGGAUACGCCGUCCGCCAAUGCCGCGGACGACGCACAAACGCUACCACAUGUUUGUCCGGAGUGCCACAAGAGGUUCCCAACCACGCGUGCUCUUGAGAGUCAUCGCCGUGCCUGGCUGCCAAGCACAAAGUCUUGGCCCCGCAGCGCUACUUUGCCCCUGCCUCUGGCAUGUGCCCGAGCUGUGGUACUUGUUUCCGCUCGCGCCUCCGCCUCCUCGGACACUUAUGCGAUCGAAGGCGCCCCAAAUGUUGGGACGCUAUCCGUGUGCAGCCGAAUCUGAAACUUCCAGAUGACGUUGUGGCCCAGCUCGACGCUGCGGACAACAGGUCUCGCCUUUCCGCCCGUCGGGACGGCCACUCUCACGACCUCGCCGUUGGCGCGGCGCAGCGUGCUGACGGCAGGGUGGUUGGCAGAGCAUCUUGGUAACUGAUUUGUAUGUCUGCCAGCCGCAGCGAAUUCAUCCAGACGCCUCAUGGCCAUCGGGUAGGGAAAC